AUGGUGGCCCUCUUCUACUGUUUCCUGAACACCGAAGUGCAAAACACAUUAAAACACCACUUCGAAAACUGGAAAACCAAAAAAUCUCUGGGACCCAGCCGCCUGAGAUCGAGCAGCCGGAGUAAAGAUUGGUCGCCCAGAUCCAGAACCGAGAGCCUAAGGUAUGUAUCCAUAGAAAUGACUCCAAAAAAAAUUUCCUUAGAUAGAAUAAAUCAUCAUCGUAGCUUUAAUAUUAGUGAAGCUUUUAGCAUGUUGGUGAAGAAUUUCAUUUUCAUCAUAGUUAUUUUGGAUCAGACGCUAAAUAUUCUAAUUUAUGCAUGUUGUUGCAUGUUCGAUGUGCCGCGCACGCGCAGAAUCACCGAGUGGACCUUGGUGGGCGCCGAAGAUUUGGAAGACUACGAAGCCAAGCGCCUGUCUCAACCUGCUAUUGCUACCAAAGAAUCUUUGUUAUCCGUCAACCAAUCGCAGCGCAAAUUCGAGUCUUCUGUGGCGUCGGUGCAUCACUACAAAUACGCUAAUAGUGAUUAUCUGAAUCCGCCCAAAGAGUCGUUGCUGAGCCAGAGGAAAGAGUCGUUGGUGAAUCAGCCGCUUUUGGAGCUCAGCGAAGAAUCGCCUACCGAAGUCGACUCGGUAAAUAAUUUUCCGGUGAAUGGUGCAAGGGUAUCGCAAAAUCCUACGGAAAUCACCGUGAUUGUUAAUCACAAAGGAGAAUCGGUUAUUUUGCCGAGAAACCGGAGCAACGUAUCGCCGAAAGCUUGA